AUGUCCUCUGGUUUCGGUUUGGAUGGCGGCCGCGGCCGAUGCUUUCAUUUCUGGCAAGAAUUCAACAAGUGCUACGCUAGUGCCGAUUUCCCUCAACAGUGCCUUGCUCAGCGCGACGAUUAUCUCGAAUGCCUUCACCACACCAAAGAGUUUGCUCGUGUGACCCGUAUCAAGGCCGAGGAACUUAAGCAAGCUGAGAAGAAGUUGAAGCUCAAGGAAGCUGCCAACGCUGCAGCCACCUCCAACAUUGCUCGACUCAACAUUGUGGAUGAUAAGCAGCAGACUAUCGAGAGCAAAGCAUAA